ACCACUCAAAGUGCCAAAUAUGAACACCAUUACUGAGAUCAUCCCAUUUGCCAAGGAGAUGCUGAACCAAAGGCCCUGCUGGGGCAUCGUGAAGAUCUACACGCUCGGUUCCACCCUGGCUAUACUUGGAGUUGUUGGAGGACUUUUGGAAAUGCUUUUCCUGCCAUUUGAGGGGCAGGAGACUGCUGAGGAGACACCUGUGGAGCUGAUCAAGGAGAAGAAGUCAGUGUUGAUGUCACACGCCGCCUUUGUUUAUGUUGAAGUCACGGAUGGGCUGGAGACAGAAGAGAUCAUGACCAAACACCUGGUGUCUGCUGGGAGGAGAAGCUCAGUCAACCGCUUACAUGCUUAUUAGAGAAACCCUGCUCUCUUCAUGUAAAGGGACAAUUACAAGGGUUAAUGGCAAUAUUGGUAAAUAACUCACCAUGUUUAAUUGGUCUCCAUAGCAAUGCAAUUCCCCCUUGACUGAAAAAAAAAGUUGUGCGGAUAAGUCUGACUGCUGUGCAGCAGGCUCUUGUAAAUGUAUUUGAAUGUGUUGGUAAGCAAAUGGAAUGUGUGUGAAAGAUUUUUAUUUUGAACUCUAAUAAAUCCACUGAUGAAAGCCA